UUAAUGGGAGAGAGAUCAGGGUUGCACUUUGCCUGUUUGUUUUCUCAUCAAGGUGGUGGUGGCAGUACUUGGUGGUGGAUGUAGUAAUUAACAAUGGCAUAUAGGAGAAGGCAAGGAAUAUCAAGAGCUUCCACCUUCAAGGAAGAGAUUUGUGAGCAACCAUCAUCAGAUUUGGAUGAAAACACUUCUCAUGCCGCCUCCGCCGCUCCGCGUUCCUAUUCCUUCACUCCAUCAACAUCUUCUUCAUCCUCCCUCGCUGCUCAGGCCAUUAAAGCCUCCGCCGCUCGUCGCGACCCCUCUUUUUCCUUUUCUUUUGAUAAAUCUUCUUUAGCCCUUCAACAUAAUGAACAUCAUAGAUCAAAGAGCAUGGAUGCUUACAAUGACGUUUCAAAGUCUGGUUUCUGGGGUGUUCUUGCACAGAAAGCCAAGGAAAUUCUGGAUGACAAUAAUGCAGUGCCACAAAAUGACACAGUGCCCUCAAAACUCAGAUCACACUCCUUUAAUACCUUCACUCCUGCGGGUCGUGCUCAGGAAGGUCGAGCAAUUUUGGAGAGUAAGCCAUCAGAUCUCAGACCUCAACUCAAGCUAAAGGGACCUUUUCCCGAGGACAUAAAUCAAGCUCCAGGGAUGUGGAAUCCAUGGCAGCAAUCCGCACUGAGCCCAAAUUCUCAAACUACCCAUGAAACACAACUCAAGGCAUCUCGCGACGUGGCAAUGGCAACAGCUGCGAAAGCAAAAUUACUUCUGCGGGAACUAAAAACCGUAAAAGCAGAUUUGGCUUUCGCGAAAGCACGGUCUUCUCAACUAGAAGAAGAAAACAAAUUACUCCGAGACCGGGAGGGUCGCGAGAAGGGGCAAAGCCGUGCGGACGAUGAUCUGAUCCGACUUCAACUAGAAACACUUCUUGCUGAGAAGGCUCGAUUGGCUAAUGAGAAUGAGACAUAUUCUCGCGAAAACAGAUUCUUGCGGGAAAUAGUAGAGUACCAUCAGCUGACUAUGCAGGAUGUGGUGUAUCUAGAAGAAGAUGAUGAUGAAGAAGGCAUGGAAGAUAUGAAAGAACUUUAUCCCAUAGAUCAUACCACAACAGGUACCACACCUUCUCCCCGCUUGUCCAUGUCGUCCAGACGCUCGUCAUUAGGAAAUGGAACAGUUCAGACAAAAGAUUUAUUUCCAGUGCCACAAGAAGAUGAUGAAGAAGAAGAAGAUAAUGAUGAUAAGAAUACAUCCGAAGAUGAAGCUCCUCGUACUUCUAGUUCUAGUAUCUCAGUCUCAGCUCCCAAAGAUGAGCAUGCAAAAUGAUCCGUUUAUAUAUAGAAUUAUAGAUUAGCCUUUUGGAUGGGGUUUGUGGCUGUCUCUCGAUUAAUUCAUGAAAGCUACAUGCAUGUGCACAUAUAGAGAAGUAAUUCUAACAUUUAUAUUCACGCUUUCUCUUUAUUACCAAAGGGAAAAAUGUAAAGAAGGGGGCUUAGCAUUGUUUGAUUAUGUACGAAGAUGACCUUGGUUGGUUAGGUUUUGGGUUCAUUUGGAAAUUAGUCUUUUAAAUGCGGGGGUUGUCUAUGGUAUUAUUUAACCAGGUGGACAAAUAAUGUUUUAUAUAAGUGAGUUUUGAAUUGCA